CCUGAUAAAAGGUACAAUUCACAAAUAUCUAAUAUGUAUAUAUAUAGAGAGUAUUUGUGUUUUGAGGGUUCUCUCAGAAACUUUGUUUCUUUUGUCUCAAGAUAUGAAUCAUUUUCGUUCAAGACUUCAACUUGGAAACCUAUGAUGAUUAUAUCAUCACAGAUUCUUCUUCUUUUUGUUCUAUUUCUUCCUCCUUCUUGAUCAUAUUAGAAAUUCCCCUCCAUCAUAUGAUAUAGUGGAGCUCUUAUGUAAGAUUGGCCAGACACAGAUACCCUCCUCCGAUCCUCUUCCCAUUCUCCGUGGCAGCGGAAGUGGCGGACGAGAAGAAAAUACUCCGCUUCCGCCUCCUCUGCCUCAUCAGAAUCUCUUCAUCCAGGAAGACGAAAUGUCUUCUUGGCCCCAUCAUCCACUCCGUCAAGAUUAUUUGUGCUCUGAACUUUAUGCUUCCACUCCGGCUCCUCAUCCGCAGAGUUCCGUCUCUCUGGCACCACCACCACCAAAACCACCAUCCAGUGCUCCGUACGGUCAGAUUAUCGCUCCAAGAAGUGCUCCGAGAAUCCAGGGAACUGAAGAAGCUCGAGGUUCAACGUCUAGGAAGAGGUCACGAGCUGCAGAAAUGCAUAACCUCGCCGAAAGGAGACGGAGAGAAAAGAUCAACGAGAGAAUGAAGACUCUGCAACAACUCAUUCCUCGCUGCAACAAGUCUACUAAAGUUUCAAUGCUGGAAGAUGUUAUCGAGUACGUGAAAUCUCUAGAGAUGCAAAUAAAUCAGUUCAUGCCCCACAUGGCCAUGGGUAUGAAUCAGCCUCCUGCAUACAUACCUUUCCCUAGCCAGGCUCAUAUGGCGGGUGUAGGUCCAUCAUAUCCACCACCGCGAUACCCUUUUCCAAACAUUCAGACCUUUGACCCAUCCAGAGUUUGGUUACAAAGUCCACAGCCUAACCCGGUGUCGAACCAACCUCAGAUGAAUCCUUAUGGUCAGUUUGUUGGUCACCAUCAGAUGCAACAAUCUCUUCCUCCUCCAUUGCAGGUAAUUCUUUCCCAAUAUCCAUUGUGCUUAUUCCUCUGUUCCAACAAAUGA